CAUGAUGCUUGUUUGCUUUCAAUGAGUGUGAGGAGGAGGCGGGGGGGAGCUGCUCUCCCGUCCGGCCCGCGGCAGGAAACAAAGAGCCAGGCAGGCGGCGGAGCGAGGGCGGCGGGGGGACGGGGAUGCUGCAGCCACAGCAGCUCAGCAGGCUCUAAAUUUGGAUUUGGGGAGGUGGAGAAAGGAGGAGACAGUGAUUUGUAGAAGAGACUGAUUUUCUUGAACUGCUUCGUGCUGUGAAGUUUUGAAAUGCUAUUCAAGGAAUGCCCAAGGAAAAGUACGAUCCACCUGAUCCACGGAGGAUGUACACAAUUAUGUCCUCAGAGGAAGCAGCCAAUGGAAAGAAAUCACACUGGGCAGAGUUGGAAAUAAGUGGGAAAGUGAGAAGCUUAAGUUCAUCGUUGUGGACACUGACCCAUUUGACAGCUUUGCAUCUCAGUGACAAUUCCUUAUCCCGUAUUCCUUCAGACAUUGCCAAGCUUCACAAUCUGGUGUACCUGGACCUGUCCUCCAAUAAAAUCCGCAGUUUACCAGCAGAGCUCGGAAACAUGGUGUCACUCAGGGAACUACAUUUAAAUAACAACCUGUUACGAGUUUUACCUUUUGAGCUGGGAAAACUGUUCCAGUUACAGACUUUGGGUCUGAAAGGAAAUCCACUCACACAGGAUAUUCUGAACCUUUAUCAGGAACCAGAUGGGACACGAAGGCUACUGAACUAUUUGCUUGAUAAUUUGGCAGGUACUGCAAAAAGAAUUUCAACAGAGCAACCACCUCCAAGAUCCUGGAUUAUGUUGCAAGAACCAGACCGAACAAGACCAACAGCCUUGUUCUCUGUCAUGUGUUACAACGUGCUCUGCGACAAAUACGCCACCCGGCAGCUCUACGGCUACUGUCCAUCCUGGGCACUGAACUGGGAAUACAGGAAAAAAGCCAUUAUGCAGGAAAUCCUGAGCUGCAAUGCUGACAUCAUAAGCCUUCAGGAGGUGGAAACGGAGCAGUACUACAGUUUCUUCCUGGUAGAACUGAAAGAACGUGGCUACAAUGGAUUCUUCAGUCCAAAAUCUAGAGCUAGGACAAUGUCAGAACAGGAAAGAAAACAUGUUGAUGGUUGUGCAAUAUUUUUCAAAACAGAAAAAUUUACUUUGGUUCAGAAGCAUACUGUUGAGUUCAAUCAACUAGCUAUGGCCAACUCAGAAGGUUCAGAAGCUAUGCUGAACAGAGUGAUGACAAAGGAUAACAUUGGAGUGGCUGUGUUGUUAGAGCUGCGAAAGGAGCUGAUCGAAAUGUCAUCUGGAAAGCCACAUCUUGGGAUGGAAAAGCAGCUAGUCCUUGUAGCUAAUGCACAUAUGCAUUGGGACCCAGACUAUUCUGAUGUGAAGCUGGUUCAGACUAUGAUGUUCCUGUCCGAGGUAAAGAACAUCAUUGAUAAAGCUUCUCGUAGUCUCAAACCUGGUGUGUCAGGAGAACUUGGAACCAUUCCACUUGUGCUGUGUGCAGAUCUCAAUUCUCUACCAGACUCUGGUGUUGUUGAGUACUUGAGCACUGGUGGGGUGGAAACAAACCACAAAGAUUUUAAGGAACUGAGAUACAAUGAAAGUCUUACAAACUUCAGCUGUAAUGGGAAAAAUGGAACAACAAAUGGAAGAAUUACACAUGGUUUCAAGUUGAAGAGUGCCUAUGAGAAUGGUCUAAUGCCUUACACCAAUUACACAUUUGACUUCAAGGGUAUUAUUGACUACAUCUUCUACUCUAAACCUCAGCUAAACAUACUUGGCAUUCUUGGACCUUUGGAUCAUCAUUGGUUAAUAGAGAACAAUAUAAGUGGUUGUCCACAUCCACUCAUCCCUUCUGACCACUUCUCACUUUUUGCACAACUGGAGCUUUUGCUGCCUUUCCUGCCUCCUGUAAAUGGAAUCCAUCUCCCUGGCAGGAGGUAGUCAAGUACAUUUUUAGAGGGCAACCUCGGUUUAACUUGUACAAUUGUAAAAUCUGAAUAUAGAGGAGUGAGGUAUGGCCAACAGGGAUUAUUAUUUUGUUGUUUUGUUUGUUUUGGUUUUUCUUAAUAAUCUUAAUCUUAAAUCUAAUUAUUUGCUAAAGACAUAGUAAAAGCCAGGUGCUAUCAACAGACACAAUUCUGAGCCCAACAUCCUUUGUAUAGCGAUCGGUGCGUUCGGCGCCUUCAGUACCUUACAGUUCAACCUUCCUCUUUCCUUCUUUUCUCCAACCUGACAUAAUGUUUGUUUUUUCCAUGCCUUGAAAUAUAGGGAGUUGUUAUACAGGAUAUUCUCUUUGCACAGUGAUCUGUAGCACUACUUUGUUGGGUUUGUUUGGUUGUUGUUUUGAGGCCAGUAGGAACAUCCACAGAACGUUCUCCUUUCCCGUACUUCACUCCCUCCUUUUUCAGACUUCUUUGUAUAAAAAAAAAAAAA